GGGCAAGCCGCUCUUCAUAUUGCAGCACGUUAUAAUUGUAAAGAAACAGCCGAACUUCUUAUUUUAUAUGGUGCAAAUAUCAAUGAAAAAGAUGAAAGAGGAAAAACUGCUCUUCAUAUUGCAGCACGGUAUAAUUGUAAAGAAACAGCCGAACUUCUUAUUUCACAUGGUGCAAAUAUCAAUGAAAAAGAUAUUGAAGGAAAAACCGCUCUUCAUCAUGCAGCAGAGAAUAAUUGUAUAGAAAUAGCAGAACUUCUUAUUUCACAUGGUGCAAAUAUCAAUGAAAAAGAUGAGAGAGGAAAAACCGCUCUUCAUCAUGCAGCUGAGAAAGGUUGUAAAGAAUCAACCGAACUCCUUAUUUUACAUGGUAUAAAUAUCAAUGAAAAAGAUAAUGAUGGACAAACCGCUCUUCAUGCCGCAGCAACUAAUUAUUCUAAAGAAACAACUGAACUUCUUAUUUCUCAUGGUAUAAAUAUCAAUGAAAAAGAUGAAAGAGGAAAAACUGCUCUUCAUACUGCAAUAUGGAAAAAUAAUGAUGAAAUAGCUGAACUUCUUAUUUCACAUGGUGCAAAUAUCAAUGAAAAAGAUAAUGGUGGAAAAACUGCUCUUCAUUUUGCAGCAUAUUAUGAAUGUCCAGGAAUAAUCAAAAUUUUUAUUUCACAUGGUAUAAAUAUCAAUGAAAAAGAUAAUGAUGGGAAAACUGCUCUUGAUAUUGCAGCAUGUAAUAUUAAAUCUCUUAUUUCACAUGAUGUAAAUAUUAAUGAACAAAAUAAUGAUGGGAAAACUUAUCUUUCUUUUUCUGAUAUUUUCGAAGAUUAA